ACCGGUCCGGGAGGGGUGGAGUAGCUGCUGCUACAGUCAGACCCAGCUGGAUUAGCCGGUUAGCUGUGUAACAGAUUAGCGGGCUAACAGGUUAUCAGGAUGGGACAUGAAGCAGCACCGGGUCGCUGCUAAUGAGCCAGUAUUUCCCAAAACACUCAUGAGCUGCUCAGUAGAAACUUUCGGCUGAUUAAAUGCUGCUGUUACUGCUUUAUGCUUGAGACUGUGUAAAGCCACCAUGCCUUCAGCCAAGGUGCUGAAGAGUACACAGUACAUAGAACUGGGUAGUUACCAGUACUGGCCCGUACUUGUACCCAGAGGAAUACGCCUGUAUACGUAUGAGCAGGUACCGGCCUUUCUGAGGGAGAACCCUUACAUUACAGAUGGAUACAGAGCAUACUUGACGUCCAGACUGUGCAUUAAGAGUAUUUUUAUGCUUUCCAAUGAGACUGUGAACAUCUGGAGUCAUCUGCUAGGCUUCUUCUUGUUCUUCUCGCUGGGGGUGUAUGACAUGGUGUCUGUGCUACCUGUGCUUGGAGCGUCCAGAGAAGACUAUGUUAUCUACUCUAUAGGACUCUUCUGCUUCCAGGUGUGCAUGCUGUGUUCAGUGGGCUAUCACUUAUUCUGUUGUCACCGCUCUGAAAAGACCAGUCGACGCUGGAUGGCUCUGGACUAUGCUGGGAUCUCCAUUGGAACAUUGGGCUGCUAUGUUCUGGGCGUGUUCUAUGCCUUCUACUGCAAUAACUACUGGCGGCAGGUGUAUCUAGUCACAGUGUUGGCGAUGACAUUGGGCGUGUUCUUUGCCCAGAUACACCCUCAUUACCUGACCAAGAACUGGCAGAAGUUGCGAUCGAUCAUGUUCUUCUCGGUAGCGGCGUAUGGCCUCAUCCCUACCUUUCACUGGAUUUGGCUCAGUGGAGGUUUCAGCUCUGCCAUCGUACAGAACUUUGUUCCCCGAGUGCUGAUAAUGUACUUCCUCGCCGCAGCUGCCUUCGUAUUCUAUGUCUCCAAGGUUCCUGAACGUUACUUUCCAGGUCAGUUGAACUAUGUGGGCUCCAGCCACCAGAUCUGGCACAUUCUGGUGGUGUUCCUGUUCUACUGGUGGCAUCAGUCUGCGUUAUUUAUUACAAGCUACCGGCAAGAGCACCCCUGCCCUGACUAUCCUCGACAUGCGUAGGGCUUCAUGGAUGGAUGUGGAGAACUGGCGUUGCUGUGAGGAGCCUGGGUGAUUUCUCAGUAAAUCACAAGCGACAUCUUUUAGUAAAUGCACUGAUUGUCUUACCCAGUCAGUCACUGUGGCUGGGUUUUCAGUGGAGAUCUACAUUCAGUGCAAACUUUGAUCAUGACUCAUGAUUUACAGGCUGAGUUUUUGCACUAUAAAGGUCUGUAGUGAAACCCAAAUGUAUUGACUUUUCCCCAUCAUAAAUCAACAGUUACUGGACUGAUUUGUUAUUCUGUAAAUAUUAUAGUGCCUAGCCAUUUAAGUUGAAAUGUUUUGGUAUUAACGUGCAUCAGAGGAGGAUGCACUACUGUAUUGGACAUUGUUGGGAUGGGGAGCUUUUUUUUUUUUAAAGGGAAAAUGAAUUUCCAACAGGUUGGAAUCUUCUACUUGGGUUCUUGUGCUAUGAAUUCAUCUGUAGACAGUAUCAUUUUUCACCUCAGGCUUAUGUCAGUGUUGGUCAGUGUUUUAAGAAAGUAAAGUAUCUUUCCAGUAUUGUUUCCCAGCAACUAGCAAACCAGCCAGUCUGUAGAUUUCUAAAUGUCAGAUGGUUCUCAAAAUACCUUCAAAUACCUUCAUAAAAAGAAUGUUAAUUUCUAAAGCUUUUGAUAUGUGACCCGUUUGCUAACUAUUCAGUGCUAUUUUUGGAUUCCAUCCACUGCGAUGAUGAGCGUACCAAAGAUUUUGAUACUGCAACAGAUUUUGAAUACAAACACCGUCAUCAUCAAGGCCACUCCUACCAAAAGUCUAGAAGUAUGUGUGUGUUUAUUAUGUCUAGUAUAACUUUAGUUAUAAAGUUUAAUAGUUUGGAACCUGUGCUUUCAAAAUAAUGUCAGUAUCAUACCUUAAGUAGAACUGUGUUCUUCAAUCCUGGUCAAAACCUGGAGGGAGGUUGAUGUGGCGCAGUGGAGAAAACCUCUCCUGCUAGUGAGCUACCACAUCAUGUGAGACACUGUGGUUUAAGUCCCAGUCUGGGGAAUACUGAUUAAAAGCUGUUAUCCUACGAUACCAUAUUUUUCGCACUAUAAGGCGCACUGGAUUAUAAGGUGCACUAUCAAUAAACGUCUAUUUUCUGGUCUAUUUUCAUGCAUAAGGUGCACUGGAUUAUAAAGUGCAUUACGUGACACUAGUAAGGAACAGGGGCAUCACCAUGUUCUGCAGUUCUCGCUGCUGGGUGGUUGUGGUGGGGGGGGGGUAAUUUUAGUUAAAUAAAAGUAAGCUAAGUAAACUAAACUGUAAUUCAUUAAAAAAAGCACCUUAUAUUUUAAGUGCACAUUAUAUUGUGAAAAAUAUGGUAACUAUACUGUGAGUCCUCGUGCAACACUCCUCCUAGCUUACACUACAUUGACCUGUAAAAAAAAAAUAAUCCUGUUAGUUGCUCUGGAUAAGAGCAUCAGCUAAAUGCCAUAAUUUUUUUAUGUUAAAUGAAGCACCUUGCCCUGCACAUAUAUUGCUUUCCUUCUCCCAAAAUACCUGAUACAAGUAAUCGGGGGUGAGUUUACCAAAAGUGUGUAUCACUAUGUGCUUUAUUACUAGUAUUUAAGCUCUUCCUAAACUCUUCUGUUACUAAAUUGCAAAACUCUGGUUCCAAUCACUUCCAUGGCCACAGGUAUAUACAACCAAUAACCUAGGCAUGCAGACUCACUACUAAAUAUUCCAUAGUAAACUGUCAAUAUAAAGCCACUGGGACUUAAAGCAACUCGCUCUGUCAGUGUAAAAUAUCAGAGCGAGGUCAGCAGAUGCUGAAGUGAACAAUUUGCAGGGGUCACCAACUUCCUGCCAAACAGAGAGUCUGUGACUACAGACCUCCAAACUUCAUGUGGCCUUCAGAUUAGUUCAAGAACAAUAGAGCGUAGAGAUCUUCAUGGAAUGGGUUUCCAUGGCUGAGCAGCUCCAUCCAAGCCUUGCAUUUUCAAGGACAAUGCAAUGCAGGCGAGCAGGUACUUCUGACAAUUUAGGCCCAAUCCAAUUUCACCCCUUGGCCCUAUCCCUCUGUUGUCCCGUUUUUUUAGGUGGAGGAUUUUGCAUAAAAACAAGGGUUCAAAAGAGAAAUGGAUUAGGAAUAUACAGCUCUGGAAAAAAAUAAGAGACCACUUAAAAAUGAUGAGUUUCUUUGAUUUUACCAAAUUGUAAACCUCUGGAAUAUAAUCAAGAGGAAGAUGGAUUUUUGCACCAGGAGUGACAUUAAUUUAUCCAAAAGCAGUGUGUAAGACUGGUGGAGGAGAACAUGCCAAGAUGCAUGAAAACUGAUUAAAACAACCAACUAUUAAUUUCUGAACUCUUUAUGAAUAUGAACUUGUUUUCUUUGCAUUGAAUUUGCGAAAAAUGUCCAUAGUUUAUAGAAUAAAACAACAAUGUUAAUUUUACUCAAACAUGUACCUAUAAAUAACUAAAUCAGAGAAACUA